GUAAUUUGACUCAGCAGCGUUUUUUAUAUGUAGAUUUCCAUCUCCAGCCAUAAAAAGAAAAUGAAUAAGCAGAAUAUUACUCUGUUAAGGGUAAGUCGCAUCGCGUCCUUAAACAACUAUUGCGCCCCAUAAACAGAAUAAAGCUUCCACUAUAUUACACCAAACAUUUUUGUAAAAAAAAAAAUUCAAAACAUAUUUAUCGUCUUAGCGCUGUGCUGAGUCAUAUUGCAAUGGAAUCGGCUGAUAUUGUAGUGGGAUUCCCCGAAUGCAAUGCGUUUCUACGAUUUGUGCUUUGAUACGAUGUGAGACCGAGAGUGUAGAAAUAGAAUCUGAGGAGACCAAAGAAAGGUUAUAUCAACUCUCAUUUUUAUAAAAGCCUUAGCUUGGGUACAUGGAGCUCAUCAUACUCGUUUCAUGUGGGAAGUUAAUCAUCAGAAAGUGUUGUUAUCGAGUGCUAUCGUGUAGAAAUUUAUAAAGCGUUUUGAAAAUACAAUAGAGAAUAUAUACGGUCCAAGUGUAUAUGGACCUGCAUAUAUCGGUUCGGGAUUCCGAGUGCUGUGAAAUAGAAAAAAAGAAUACAUUCUUGUUACGCCAUCUUCCCUUUUACCUGUGUGUUCGCAACUAAUAUGGGAGUUCGAGGCUUGCAAACAUUCCUCCAGAAGAAAGUAAAGGAUGGAAUUGUACCUAUAAAAAUCGCUGAUGAAGUUGACAAAUACAAAAAAUUUCACAACGGCAAGAAACCUCUCAUAGUUAUUGACCUACUUACUCUACAAUCAUCCUUCCACCAGAGCAACGAAGAACUCAUCCUUGGAGGCCGUUAUCAUAUUUACGCUGAAGAAUUCAGGAGUACCAUGCGUCGACUUAAGUCACUUGGGGUGAAAAUAGUGUUUUUCAUUGAUGGAACGUCCUCCGAAGAAAAAGUUCCUACACGUUUAGAGCGUCGAAUGAACGGGUACAAUAAAGGGAUUCGAAUAUUGAGUGAAAUAAACUCCCUUGGUUUUCCGACAAAAGACAGCCUAUCCAAUAUCAAUCCGCGACUUCCGAUGCCUUUUCUAACGUACAUUGCCAGUUUAGCAAGAGAGUUCGGUACUGUCCAUGUUUCGGUACUGAAUGACUGUGAUGUGGAAGCAGCGGAGUAUGCAACCAGAAAUGAAGCACUUGCAGUUCUGACCAACGAUACAGACUAUUUGAUUUUUGAAGGCUCCUGGCACUUCUGGUCUUCAACUGAUUUGGAUAUUAAGACUUUAACUACGAAAGAAUUUAAUCGUGAUGCUUUGCGUGUUCAUUUGAAUUUGAGAAGCGAUCAAAUGGCUAUUCUGGCGACUUUGGCAGGAAACGAUUUUGUACCUUCUGGGAGUUUUCAGGAUUUUUAUGCAAUUGCACAAUCAAUACGAAGUCAUAAUUUGUCGGUCAACGAUUAUGAAGCUAUACCUUCGAUUCUGCCUAGGCUGAAGGUUUAUGAUAUUAAAGCUAGCCUCAAAUCAUAUUCCUAUCGUGCUUUAAAGAGAAAAUAUCCAUCAAAUUUACUUAAGAUGGUAUCCCAAGCCGAUGGCAUCAUGAAUUACUCAAUGCUUGCAGAUAAAACAGUAAUUAUUCCUAUGGAUUAUUUUGAUCUAUCUAAAACGGAUAUGCAACCUUUUUUCGAUUUAAUACGGCCUCUACUACGUCGAGUGAUGGGAAUUUUACUUCAACACGAAGGUAGACCAGGGAUACGAACCUUCUUUUGUAAGCUGCAAGCCAACAGUGGUUACGAAAAGAUUCUUCUUGAACCACAAUAUCCACGAAGUAGAGCAAAAGGUGAGCCAUCCCUCAGUAGGCUUCUAGCACAUAGAGAAGGAUUGGACACAAAGCUAGACGAAACCCGUAUGAAAUUAGCUUGUUGGGCAAUUUCUCCCAUGCUAAAGUUGGACACAUUUUCUCAGUUGCCUUCUAAGCAGGUAGCGUGUGUAACAACACUAUUUUAUCUUGUUAAGAAAUGGCAAAUCUCCAUCGACGAAGCGGACUGUUUAUUGCUAGCCUGCAACAUGCGGGCGACGGAACUCAAUUACGUUAAACCCAUAAAGGAGCGUGCUGCAAGAAUCGCAUUUUUAUUUACCAACACCCUUGUAUAUAUCCAAAAUUGCUUUCAUGCUGUUGGUCUUAAAAAAUUUUGUUCAAUUGUACCAUUUGACGGAUUAGUUUUUCACUACUUCAAUAAGACGUGGUAUUUCAAAGAUCAAAAAUUCAAAGAUGAAAAGCUGGAACCUUUUGUUGCCUUAAGGAUUUAUGAUACAGAAAGUUAGUUCCAAUUUUUUUAAAUCUUUUUUAAACUUACUUAGGAUAUUGAAUUUAUAUUCCAUUGUUGUCGAAAUAAAAUAAAGGUUCAUCCUUGUUUUGAGU